UAGUUAAAAUUAAAUCUCAAUAUGUGUUCCUGUUAAGUGUCUUCCUGAGAGACGAUAUAUAAGUCACUUAACAUGCAAUUUAUUAGUCAUUAGUCAUUUAUAGCGAGUGAAGAGGAUAUGAUUUCAGUCCAGUGUGUCAGUGUUUGUGUCCUGGUGAUCUUCACCUCCUGCGUGUGUGCCCGCAGUCUCUCAAACGAAACGGACGAUGUUUCACUCGGGUUCUGGUGGGCGCCCAAAGGUAUCGUUCACCAUCACCACCAUCACCAUCACCAGCCUGAGUCCGGGCCAUGGUGUCAGUGCCACAGUUUGGGCUGUUCCUGCUGCGAUGAGGAGAUCAUCUCGCACGGCCGUCGUCGCGACUUUCACCUGAACGCAUGUCUGAACGUGGACUGGAUCGCGAAGGCGAACGUGUUCACCGUGAUCUUCACCGUUAACGGCAGGAACGUCUUCUCGACGUUUACCGCAGUGAGCUCCAGAGACGUUGAAAAGUGUGUUCCCGCCUCAAGCCUGUCCCUCCCGGGGGAGAUCUGCUUCCGCUUGUACAAGAUCGCGGUCAAGAAUAGGCACAUGUGCGCAGAUCUGAUAGGGAAAACCGUCAGGAAGGGUAAAGAAAGGGUCAUCAAGCAACACUACGGCUGUUUCCGGGUAGGCGAUAUGGCGGAGGAGGAUGCCGACCGCAACACUGCAGAAGACGAAAAUGCAGUUCGCGUGCUGUAUGACUGAAGAAACCGUUCAACGACUUGAACUAAAUUACAAAUAUUUAAGAGUAUAUUAAAGAAUAUAACACUAACGAUGUACCAUGUACUGGUGUAUGACGUAUUUUAUAAAUGUUAAUAAACAUACCACCAAAGCAA